AUGCGCUUCUCUGCGUCGGCCAUUUUGGCGGUCCUGCCACUCCUGGUGUCAGCCCAGGAAGAUCCAUUGGCGCAAUACAAAGCGCAGUUCCAGGCCUUCAUGAAUAAGAUGACGGCGUACAUCCCAAACCCGGGAAAGCAUGAUCCCGUGGCUGCACUAGAGGCGAAGCUGGGCAGCAUGAAGAUGUCUACAUUGACCCUGGAGAACUGGAAAGAGACGCUGUACGAGCCCGUUGCUCCUGGGGCUACUGUUCCUACAGAGUGGUGGGUGUUGAUUUCUGGCCGCAACAAGACUUGCUUUGGCCAUUGCGGCAAGGUUGAGCAGGCUUUCAACGAAACGGCCGCCAAGUUCGCCAUCCUCCCUGGGUCUCCCCACAUGGGCAUGCUCAACUGCGACGACCAGCCCAUCCUGUGCAACGCAUGGUCCGCCGGCGCUGGCAGCCUCUGGUCCAUCAACAUGCUUCCGGCCCCAGCCACCAUUGACGUCUACAAGAAGCGGCUCAAUCUCACCACAACCACCUCCGAUGACCUCGUCAAGCUUAACCAGGCCGAGUCUAAGCAGGCGGCUGGCUUCGUCCCCCUCGACUCGUGGUUUCACCCUUUCAACGGCAAAGCCACUGAGCUUGGCCUCGCCGUUCCCUACGGCUACAUCAUGUGGGUGUUUGGGCUUGUCCCCAACUGGCUCUUCAUGGUGAUAGUAUCCUUUGCCAGUCGCAGCUUCAUGAGCAAACGCAUGCAACCCGGCGCCGGCGCCCCUGGUGCGUCUACGGGCCGGCGUCGACCUCAGUAG